AUGCGGGGUCGGUUCUUGAUCGGGUUAUUGCUCUUGCUUUCCUACCUCGUCGAAGCUGAUGAACAUGAUCAUAUGUAUGAAAUUGACGAAGAAGUUGUUUUAUGGAUGAAUACGGUUGGUCCAUACAGCAAUCGGCAAGAGACUUAUGCAUACUUCUCCUUACCCUUUUGCCGAGGACCUAAGGAGUCCAUUGGUCACUAUCACGAGACAAUGGGAGAGUCUCUUCUUGGGGUGGAGCUUGACUUCUCUGGCUUAGAUAUCAAAUUUAGGACGAACACAAAGAAGACAGUCUUUUGCAAGAUGAAGCUUACAAAUGAGGCUUACCAAACCUUCGUAUAUGCCAUUAAGAACAGCUACUUCUACCAAAUGUACCUGGAUGAUAUGCCUAUUUGGGGCAUGGUUGGGGAAGUUGAUGAGUCGGUGUCACCGCCAUCCUAUAAAUUGUACACACACAAACAGCUCGAUAUUGGAUACAAUGACAAGCAGGUGGUAGAUGUCAAUCUUACUUCGGGCGGUCAUGUAGCCAUUCAUCCUGGAAUUGAUUUGGAAUUCACUUAUGAGGUUAAAUGGGUUGCUUCGUCAGUUCCAUUUGCGGAUAGAUUCGACAAGUACCUCGAUCCAAGCUUCUUCCAACACAGGAUCCACUGGUUUUCGAUUUUCAACAGUUUCAUGAUGGUUGUGUUCCUUGUUGGCUUGGUGUGGAUGAUCCUUGUGAGAACACUACGGAAAGACUACGCCAGAUACCAGAAGGAGGACAGUCUCGAUGACCUGGAUGCUGAUCUGGGUGACGAAUACGGAUGGAAACAGGUGCAUGGAGAUGUUUUUCGUGCGCCAUCGAUGCCUUUGCUUUUCGCCAGUUGUAUUGGCGCCGGCUACCAUGUGUUCACAGUAGCAGUGAUAACUAUUAUUCUUGCCAUUGUAGGGGAGUUCUAUACAGAACGUGGCUCGCUUCUCUCUGCGGCCAUAUUUGUGUACGCGGCAAGCUCACCUGUGAAUGGCUAUGCCGGUGGAUCGAUGUAUGCAAGGUUUGGUGGAAGGCACUGGAUUCGGCAAAUGGCUCUUGGAGCUUUUCUUCUCCCGAGUCUGGUGUGCGGCGUUGCAUUCCUCAUCAACUUCAUAGCUAUUUAUUACCAUGCUUCGCGAGCUAUUCCUUUCACCGUAAUGUUGGCUGUCACUGCCAUUUGCCUGUUCGUCAUUCUUCCAUUGACACUCGUUGGAACUGUACUUGGACGUAACAUGUCCGGUCAAGGAGACUAUCCAUGCAGAGUGAACGCUGUUCCUCGCCCAAUCCCGGAUAAGAAAUGGUUUGUACAGCCUUGGUUGAUCGUGUUGAUGGGAGGUGUUCUACCAUUCGGGAGUAUCUUCAUUGAGAUGUACUUUAUUUUCACAUCAUUCUGGGCAUACAAGAUCUACUACGUAUACGGUUUCAUGCUUCUUGUAACAAUCAUUUUGGCAAUCGUCACUGUCUGCGUUACAAUUGUUUGCUCGUACUUCUUGUUGAAUGCUGAAGAUUAUAGAUGGAGGUGGACCAGUUUCAUGGCAGGUGCAUCAACUGCGCUUUACGUGUAUCUAUAUUCAGUUUAUUACUUUUUCUUUAAGACAAAGUGA